AAGAAAUUUGAGAGUAGAUGAAAGAGUAAUCAGAGAGACAAAAGCAUCAAGUGCUGCAGAAGAAGCAACAGAAACACUGGGCCUGAGUCUCUUCAGAUUUGCCAGUCUUUAUAGGACCACACUCUUCUUCCUCUUCCUUACAUUUUUAUCUAUCUAUUUUGACAUUUACAAUAUUGGAUAUUUUAAUGUUGUUUUGAUUUUACACUACAUGGCAAAUCUCCUUAAAAGCUCUUGCCCUCAUCUGACAUUUUUUUUUCUUUGCACAGUUUAUAUACCUCUCUUAAACUUUAGUUUAUGAAUAUUUGGUGAUAUUACUCUUUGGUUUAAUUGUUAACAAAUAUAAAUUAAUACCCCACCCCCUAAAAACCCCCUAUUUUUUUAUAGUAAUAAAAUGUGAUCACUUAUCUUCUGUAAUUGUAUAGUAAUCUAUAUUCUGUAAAUGACUUGAUCUUCCCUAAGUACAAAAUAGAGUAUAUAUAUAAAGGAGGGGCUAGCCUUUUCACAAGGUCGAAGCUAGCUAAUGUUCAUGCAAAUUGCAUCUGAGGAAUAUAUGCUUAAUUAGAGAGUGAAAGAGAGAUCAAACAAGAGAGAAAAAAGGGACAGAGAAAGUGGUCUUCCUUGUCUGUCUCUGUCCUAAACACAAGAACCCUAGCUAAUCUCUGAAUCUAUCAAGAAAGCUCUUUGUCUCUUCUUUUUCUCCUCCUUUGAUUUUGCUACAUAGCCCUUUGAGGAAAGCAAGAAACUAACACGAAAGAUGAUGAGCCUAAGUGGAAGUAGUGGGAGACCAAUAGGGAGGCCUCCAUUUACACCAACUCAAUGGCAAGAACUGGAGCAUCAAGCCUUAAUUUACAAGUACAUGGUCUCUGGCGUUCCUGUCCCACCAGACCUCAUCUUCUCCAUUAGAAGAAGCUUGGACUCUUCCUUGGUCUCUAGACUCCUCCCUCACCAACCACUUGGGUGGGGAUGCUACCAGAUGGGAUUUGGUAGAAAACAAGAUCCUGAACCAGGGAGAUGCAGGAGAACAGAUGGUAAGAAAUGGAGAUGCUCAAGAGAAGCACAUCCAGAUUCUAAGUACUGUGAAAAACACAUGCACAGAGGAAGAAACCGUGCCAAAAAAUCUAUUGAUCAGAGUCAGACAGCUGCUCCUUUAACAUCACCAUCUCUCUCUUUCCCCAACAACAUCCCAAGCCCCACCUUGUCCUCUUCUACUACUACUACUACUACUACUACUACUACUACUACUACUUAUUCUGCUUCUUCUUCAUCCCCUUUAGCUGAGGCUUACAGUAACAGCAAUAGGUUUGGUGUUGGUAGUAGUAACAAUAGAGGUUACUUCAAUAAUCAUUCCUUUGAUUAUCCUUACCCUUCAACUCCACCUAAACAGCAACAACAACAGCAACAAACUCUUAGUCAUGUUUCUGCUUUGUCACUUCAUCAAAACACAUCUACACCUCAGCUCAAUGUCUUUGCCUCUGCAACUGACCACAAAGACUUCAGAUAUUUUCAAGGGAUUGGGGAGAGAGUUGGAGUUGGGGAAAGAACUUUUUUUCCAGAAGCUUCUAGAAGCUUUCAAGAUUCUCCAUACCAUCACCAACAACCGUUAGCAACGGUAGUGGAUAAUCCGUACGACUGUACUACUGAUCAUAAGUUUGAUCAUCAUCAUACAUACUCAUCAUCAUCUCAACAUCAUCAUCAUGACCAAGAUCAUCGACAACAACAACAAUGUUUUGUUUUGGGCGCCGACAUGUUCAACAAACCCACAAGAACUAUCUUGGAAAACACAUCGAGACAAGAUUAUCUUAAUCAAGAAGAGGAAGAGAAAGAUUCAUCGGACACGAAGAAGUCCCUUCAUCAUUUCUUUGGUGAAGAGUGGACACAGAACAAGAACAGUUCAGAUUCUUGGCUUGACCUUUCUUCCCAGUCAAGACUCGACACUGCUGAUUGAUGAGGCCAGAUAGCAUCAGUGAUGGGUCUGCACCAACACACACACAAACACGUUUGAAGGGUCACAUUUCACAUCUAUUUCCGUGGAACAUUGAGACAGACAAGACACUGUUUGCAGAAACCCUAUAUGUAUACAUUAAUGUAAUGAUCUCUUUCUUCUCUCUAUAUGUCGUGUGUCUGUGUGUGUUUGUUAGGUCCCAACAAGAAAAUCGAUCCGACAUUUAUCUCUGCGUGUGUUUCUCCUGCUUUUUCCGGCUGCUGUUAUUUUUGUUCCAAGCUAUCGUUUUAUUUUAUUUUACAGUAUCUGAAAGAAACACUAUAUUGUUGAUUUGUUUCUUAGGAUGCAAGCAUCUUUAGUUGCUUAUGGAAUUAUAACUUGUUCUUUUCCUUCAUUUCUUCCAGUGUCAGUCUUUAUUUUCAUAGAAAUAAAUAGAAAACAAAAAUGUAUGCAAAAGGCAUAGUAAUCAUGGCUUAGUAAUUCGAAAUUUACUGUAAUCCUGGACGUAGCAUGUUCUUUAUGUAUAUACACAAAUCAAAUGACGUAUACAUACUCAAAAGUCUUGUGCCAAAACGAGUGAUCAAAACCAAAUAUAAUAGUAACAAUUUAAGAAAAUAUUCAACAAGACAGCUUUAUAGAUAUUGUCGUUUAUGGGAAAACAAUCAUAUGUUUGAGCAAAAAAGAAAGCUUAAACUGCUUUCUUACAUUUCUACUCAGGCCGGGUUCUGAAAAUCUAUAUAAAAACAAGGGCUGCAAGCCCAAAAAUAAAAUGGGCUGCCAUGUAGUAUUGAACCUGAGUGAAUUGUGUUACCAAAGUUUGACCAACUGAGCUACUGAUACAAUUAAUAAAUUACCAAUACAUUGAUAUCUAAACUAUACUAAAAGCUAAAUAUAAAGCCUUCUGAAGCAUCCCACGUCGGAUGAAAAAAUUGACCAAUCAGGAGAUCUCUUUUUGACACAUCAUCUGGGCUGUGGGUUGUUUUUUGUAAAAAGGCUUUCAAUUAAAAAACAAAGUACAAGAUGUGAUUUGUUAAGUCACAUAGUUUGAAAAAGUUUAGUACAUAAAGUAAGCAUUGAAAGAGCUAUAGAAACCCAAUGAGUUAGAACAACUCUUUAGUUUAACCAAACUUAAAAGGUUUCUUGUGCGCUUGAUUAGGAACCUCGACCCUUACGACCUCGGUUUCCUCGUCCACGAACGGUAUGCCAUUCCAUCUCUUGGUACCUUUGUGUACGCUUGAGCAGCCUACCCCCUCUUGACACACUUCCAUAUUCAUCCAUUUGCUCAUUAAUAUGGAAAUCACUUUCCAUAUUACCAUGCUCUUGGAUAAACUUGGUUGAGUGAGGGGUCAUGAUUGUUGGAUCAUUUCCUGAGGGUGUAGCACCCUCAUUACUGAUAAUAGCAGAUGGAACAUUGUCCAUAACUUGGGCUGGAGUAGUGUGAGCAGAUGGUGAACCUGCUAGUGUAGAGGCUGAAGUUGACUUGGCACUAGGAAACAAGUGUUCGAAAGCAAUGGAGCUAUCCUGAGGAGAAGUAGCUCCCUGAGGUUCUGAGGAAGUUUCUGAACCUCCGGAUUGGGAAGGAGAAUGAUGAGGCUGAAGCACUGUUGAAAAUUUAGCUACUGUUUGAAUUGGCAGUAUAUCUGUGCUCACCUUAGGCAUGUUGCUCGCUGGUGUCUCUUUACUUGAUGCAGUGUUUACCAACAAAGGAUUGAUAUCAACCACAGGAAUCUCCACCUCUUCCUGAUCUUGUUUACUUUCAUUAUUGAGAACCAACUUGUCUUCUUUAAGUAAGCACCUUUUUGCUUUGUGACCUAAGCUCCCACAUCUUUCACAAGUUGAUGGAAUCCAAGAGUAAACCACAUCAACCAAAAAUGUUACCAAGCUUAUCAUCCAAUGCAAUUUUUUUGGGAAAAUUCUUGUCAAGCUCAAUUUCCACUAAAAUCUUAGCCUCUCCUAUGUUGAACGGAUCCAGCCUUGGCUUAUGAGUAAGCAUAGGCUCACCAAGACCGGAAGCAAUGUGAGAAAUCCCGAGUCUGGAAUAACAACUUGUUGGGAUAUUUUUUAAAGUCACCCAAGCUGGGACAGUAGAGAUUUCAGGGAUUCUUAAUGAACCUACUGGAUUCCAAGGGGCCACAAACAUUAAGCAAUCAUCUACAUGCCAAACACUUCGUUGAAUAACCCAAUUCCUUGUCUCUUGGUGGGGAACAUGGAAAAGAUAGGAUGAUUCUCCUAAUUUCCGACUAACAAUUUUGCAACUUCUACCCCACAGACGGUUAACAACAGCAUGCGUUAGACCACCAGAAGGAAUAGAACAGCGAUGAAAUUGCCCGAUUACAUAUUCUCCUACGUUCUCAGGACCAAGUUCAAGUACCUUAGUUGGAAUGAUGAUCUCAGGGGUGCCAUCAAGUCUGAAAGUUGGUCUCGAAGCACGAAACAAGUUUCUGGAAGCCGGGUUCAUCCUUGCGGCCCAUGGAAAGCGAAGCGAGCCAUCUUCUUUUAGCUCUGGAGGCGGCAACUUUGAAACAGGGAGAUUCGGCAAUGAGGGAGGAGCUCCUUUCAGCAAAGAUUUCUUCUGCUUAAGGUUGGUACCUUCCUCCAGUGAAGGCCAAAAAUUUUCAAUCUGGCUCUGUACCAACUGAAAAUCAUAGCUGCGAGGCGUAGAUGGCUCAGGUGGUGUAGACGGAGGAGGGAACUUUAAAACAAGAGGCUUUGACCACGCUCCCAUAGAAGGUACAAAUGGUGCUAGUUCCUGUUCCACGGUCUCUUGAAUUUGUUGAUGAACAUCUGGUAGGCUUUCCAAUGGUAGCGUUGCAGGAGGAGUAUCUGGUAGGGUUGGAGGAGCUUCGUGAGGAAGAUUCGCGGUUGGAAGGCCGGGUGUUGCAGUCGGAACGCCAGAGAAUACGUCGUCACAGCAAGGUGGCGGAGGAGCCAUGGUCGACGAAGGAGCAGCAGAACCGUCGCUGUCAUGACACUGUGGCGACAAAACUUUCUUUCGAAAUGGAGGAAUCUCAGGUAAAUCCAUGCCAGAAAAAGGAGAUGAGAGAGAUUACUUGCGAAGAUGGUUCACCUUUACCGGAAGCAGCAGGCGACGUCUCCGCCGUCACGGAUUCGUCGAUUGUAGAGGAGUCGCUUAGUUAGGUUUCGAGAGCAAAGAAUUAGGGGCGCGUGUAAUUCACGAUUCGAUUCAAAGAAUGUGGGUUGUUGAGCUUCAAUUUUUUUUUAGCAGAAAUGUUGAUGUCAAUAGCCCAGUAAGCCCAUUCUGUUUGUUCUUAGCCUUCUUCGUUUCAUCUUUCACGAUCUGAGAGCAGAGAGAUUCAACGUUUCCCUUUCUCAUUAAGUAAGCAUAUAGGGAUUUGUUAUUCAAAUGAAAUCCAUCAAUAGCUUUCUUUGUAACGAUAUUGUCUGUCCCUCUUCCUUUCCGAUUUUUCAUAUCCAUGAUACAAAUCCCUCAGGAUAUCAGUGUAUCACCCUAUAUAUGCCGUCUUAAUACAUAUAUUUAUUUCACAUGAUUCACCACAACCUAAUCUCCUCGAGCUCGAAGCUCCCAACAAGAUCUACGGUUUGUAAACAUUUUUCUGACGAUUAAAAAUCAAAAUUAAGUUUUAAGUCUUGGAUUGGAGUCUGAAGACGGGGAGCUGAGACUUCGGAUCUGAAGAUUGUCUUGCUACCAGUAAAAAUUCACAAGUCGAAGGCUUGGUGACGUCUACGACCUCAGUUCUGGCUGAUUCUGAUCGAAAACCGGAGGAAGCAGACUAAACCUACAGAAGUCGCUAAACUGAUUCAUGUUCUAGCUUCUGAAGCUGCACAGAUGGUGCACGACUUUGCAUGUUUCACAUUACUGUGUGGCGUGGUGUCCUGUAAACUGAGCUUCUAAGGAGCUAGAUGGAGAAUUCAUGAAGAUUAUGUUAUGUACAGAAUAUAUGAACCCACCUUCGUCAGGGGCGUGUGUCAAAUCCGCAGUUCUUUGGCUACACAGCAUCCCGCCAUACAUGGUUUAUUGAUUGGAUGCAUUGUUUCUUCUGAUGAACUGGUACCGGUUAAUGGCAACAAACUCUUUCAAUGAUCGAGGUUCAGUUUCUGCCAACAAAAAAGUAGAAUCCAAUGAGAAAUCUGCCAAAAGAAAGAGAACGAAUCGGUACAUAGGAUUAGGCUGCGUCCUUGGGAAAAUUGGGCCGCUGACAUAUGUGAUUAUAGAAAAGGCUCUCGAGAAUUGCUUUGAACAUUCAACACCGCUCAGGAAUAAUCAAGAGCUUAUGAUGUAACUGCAUGCAGGAUCCGUGGUGAUAAAUCUAAGGUAGAUUUUUCAGAGGAGAUAAUCCCUUGCGUCUCCAAGAAAUGUCAUACUCCUAAGACAUCUUAAGAAGCCAAUGGCUAAGCCAAACAAAAGCUCAACGCCGUCAACACAUCUGAGUCAGUACUGCAACAACUCUUUUGAAAACAUGAGACACGACUGCUUUGGUGAUAUGAGUUUCGUGGAAGAGAAGCUUCAGAUGUACACCAAUCAGUUCGAGUUAAUAAACUCUUUCUCUGUUGGAGAUAACAACAAAUACCAGUAUUCCAGCUCUGAUCAGGGUAGUAACUCAUUCGACUGCUCUUGAAUUUGGGUGGAGAGAUCACGAGCCAAGUUCUCUGCAAAGCUAGAUAUGUUGGGAGUUGGAGGCGUUUCAGGCAUAUGUAUACCCUUGAGAUUUGGAUUUUCACGGGAUGACUGGGAGAAGAUGUAGAGAGAAUACAAGCAGCCGAAGAACUGAAGCCAUAAGAGGUAACUGCCAGUGAGGUCUUGCAAGGGAAUGUGGAUUUAUUUUCCGAAGAUGAAUUAGAAACAGUUUUGAUAAGAUUUUGACAGCCGUAUAUUGGUAUAGAUUUUUAUCAUAAUCAUAAAAAGAAAAAAGUGUAAAUUCUUUGUUUGGAAAAUAAAAUUAGGAAUUUAUCGAUCA